AUGACCUCACUGCUGUUCCCUGGCCACGCCCACGCUGCGAUGAAGGACCUCUCCUCCUCCUCCUCUCCUCUCACCACCCUGCUCCACUACCCGUCCUCCAAGACCUCCGCCGCGCCCUUCUCCCCGUCCACCGGCCCCGCCUCCUCUCCGGGGGCCACGCUGUCCUCGGCUCCGCUCUCCAAACCUCAGCCCUUCUGCAUGCAGACCGGGCCGCACCUCAUCGCCAGCAUGCAGCUGCAGAAGCUCAACUCGCACUACCAGAACCUCACCGGGGCUUCUGCCGGACACCCCCCGCCCGCCGGAGCCCCCAGGGGCUUCGGCCCCUCGCCCCUGGGCUCUGGGAACCAGCUCCUGGGGCCGACUGGGGGCCUCGGCGGGGGCGGGAUCACGAUGGGGACCCAGAGCGCCGGUGCAGGUGGACUUAUCGACUUUGACCCCGUGGACGAGGAGGUCCUCAUGUCGCUGGUGGUGGAGCUGGGCCUGGACCGGGCCAACGAGCUGCCCGAGCUCUGGCUGGGACAGAACGAGUUUGACUUCAUGUCCGAUGUGCCGGCCGGGUGCUGACGCUCGGGGGGGACGCAGAGAGAGAAGACCUUCUCUCCCUUGUUUAGUUUUUCUCUUUCCUCCCUUUUGAUUGGUCGAUAACACGAGGAAACAGAAGAGACACUGAGUGUGAAAGAGAGAAAGACAUCAGAUACACUCUCUAGCUUCUAUUUGGUUCUCUAGAUGGACAGAUGGACGAGUCGGUGAAGAAGAGGCACUGGUGAUGGAAACCCAGUCUAAUGGGAUUAAGAUGUUUUUCCUCAUCCCACUAUCAUUUUACAUUUGUUCAUCUAAAGAAGAAAAACACAAGAACGAGCAGGAAACCAAAGAGACUUGAUUGCUUCUGUCCUCUCUUUUCCCAUCGCUCCCUGCUGCAGGCUUUAUCAAAUCCAAUUCAGAAGCUUUGGCUCAGACGCUGGUCUCAGUUUCCUGGAGACAAACAGGACAGAUGACAAAGACACACCUGUUGGACCCGGUCCCCGUCUCCUCCUCAGAGCCGUCCUCUCUCCAUCAAGGAAAAAGAAAGUGGGAAACCUGACUUUACGGAGGACGACAAACACUACGUUUCCUGUUUUCUUAAUGGACAACAUUGGACUCCGGUCUCACGGGAAAGAGACUCCUGUCCCCCGGCUCCACAAAGACGCUGAUUGUCUGAGAACUGGUUAUCUCAAUGUACUUCUUUCACUUUCUGUCUCUCUCUUUCUCUCGGUUCUGUUUGAAUCGACUUCAAGCAGACGCUUUCACAGAAGAUGUUAUUUAAGACAGAGGCUGAUAUCCAUCAGGCCACUUGGACAAGGAGCUCUUCUGUAGCAGCGUCUCUUAUCGCUCCGACUUCUCUCUGCACGAUGAAUUAGAUCAAGAGCCGGGGAACCUCUCGGAGCACGGGACCUUAAUGGAGCGCUCCUUGCUCCGGAGCACAGCCUGAUUAAAAACCAUAGAGGCCUUAUGGUCACGUGAGCUGCCACUACAUGUAUGUGAUGUGUUUCCUGACCUGUGUCAAUGAUCGUGGAUACAUCACUUCCUUCCACACGGAGGACUCGAGGUUCUGUCAACGUGUGUGUGGACAUAAACCAAAUGAUGAAUUCA